UCGAGAUUAAAUUAGUUGUUAAGUUUGUUUCAAAUCUUGAUUCAAUUCGGUCAAUUUACUAAAUUAGAUUUAAUUGAAGUUGAUUUGGCUACAAUUGCAACACAAUUGGCCGACUAAUCCUCAAUUAGGUCAAAAUUUAAACACAAUUGGCUAAAUACUAUCAUAGGCUAUUUAACAAAUAGCCCAAAAUCUAAUUCAUCUUUUUAUUUUUACCCAAACAAUCUCCUAAUCCCUAACCAAAUUUGGGCUAGCUGUGCAACCCAACAACAUCAUCUGACCCUACCCAUCUCAACCACAACAUCAUCUGACCCUACCCAUCUCAACCAGACCCAUAACUGACCCUCGUUUUCUUUCUUCCUAGCUAGAUCAAUUCAACAACAGGCCCAAAGUUCUACCUACCAGAACCAUUUUCUUAUCUUCUACAUCAACUUUUUGUACCAGCAGCCUUCAAUAGUCAGUAUACAACAUAGCAAAUACACAAAUCCAAAUCAUGAUAAAACCAUCUGCAAAACCUGAUAAUCAACUCUAAACGACCCCUUAACCCAUCUUCAACCCGCAUAGACCUGGAAAUAUACCAUCGUUUAACCCUUGGCCAUACCCGACCCAUUUGUAACCUUCUCUGCGCGUCCCAUGCAUACCUGUAUGAGGAAGACGCCAAGAAACCUUCUAGAAACAUGCCUAGGUGUCUCAUUAAAUGUUUAAAUCCCUAGAAUCUCGGUUAAAGAGGUAUGAGUUCGUACCCCCGUGGAAAAAUUUCAUUGUUUCUUGGAAGGAUGGUUUUGCAUUGGCUAAUCCAUUUUGGAUUUCUUAAGGAAAAUGACGAAGAGAGGUAUAACCGUUGGGGGUAGUCGAAUUCGGGUGAAAUUUGGAGUUUUCCCUUAUUUGAAAUCCCUAGGGAAACCCUAAUGGGACUUCUACAAAAAAGGUCCCUAGGGUCGCUAUUGAAGGGGGGCUUCUUCCUUUCUUUUCUCUUCUGGCAGGGGCUAGGAAUUUUGGGUUGGAAAAUUCAGGAGGUUAGGUUUCUUUUGGAGAAAUUUUGGGUUUCUUUCUUUGGUCUUUUUUUUGGGGGGGUCUUUUUCUUUUUAUGGGGAGGUCGAGGCUCGGAGGAGGGCUGUGGAGCUGAAAGAAAUGAGAAGUUUUUUGUUCUCUUCUCUUCUUUUCUUUCCCUUUCGAGUUGGAAGUUUUACAGGCAAAGGGAGUUUCAAAAUAUUUUUAGAAAAAGCUAAGAUUUGAAGAUAUUUAGUUUGAAUCAGGGGUUUGCAAAAUCUCUAAGAGGUAAAAUCAAAAGGGACGCUCUGUUGGUGGUGGACGUCGUGAGAUUCCAUGUAGCGAUAAGUUUGCUGAUAGUUCGUCGUCCCAUUCGCUACCCCGAAAAAGGUAUGGCUCAAUUGCAUUCCCAUGAGAAGUUUAAGAUGGUUACUAAAAUCGACGAUUACCUGAAACUAUGGUGGGACUAUAUGAGCGCAGAAGAGAGAAAAAUUGUUAAAACACACAUCGGAUACCUGCCUUCAUUGAUCGAAAUGGAUGCUUUGCCCGAAAUGAUCCACGUGCUUGCCACUUUUUGGGAUGAUCAAAAUAUGGUGUUUCGCUUCGGGGAUGUGGAAUUGACUCCUACCAUCAAAGAAGUGUUAAUUUGCUAUAAGAGUAUUGAAAUAUGUUUCAAGAGAAAGGAAAAACCUGAUAAGAGCAUUUUAGUUCCUGCCGUGUGGGACCAUCAAACAAUCAAAGAGGCUUUUUUAAAUGACGAAGACACCUGGCUAGGGGAACGUGAUGGAGCAAAUAUCACUUUUUGGGAGUUGUAUAAUUGGUUUGGAAGAUUCAAUGCCUUCCACAAAUUUGGACAUAAAUUUGAGUCCGAAGCAAAAUGGAAGGAGAUGAGAGACUUUGUGUUUGCGGUAGGUCUACUCAGAACCAUGGUGUUCCCACAGGGGGAAAAUGGCACAAUACAUCCAAGGGUUGUUACGGUGGCUCAUGCACUUUUCUUUGGAGUAGAUUACGAUUCUAACAAGGUAUUCAACAAUUUAGCUCCCAUGAUUGUCGCCAACAUAUAUCGAGCCUUGGGAAGGUGUCAAGUUGAAAAUCGUUUCUUUCAAGGUUGAAACCUCAUAUUACAAUGGUGGAUGAUGAAUCAUUUGGUAAAGGAUUUGAGAACGGUACAACCUGAUCAUAAAACAAGGGUGGAUAUGCUGGCUUAGCAUGACAUGUGGUUGUUUCUACACAAGUUCAAAAGGGAAGCAUCUCACGAAUUUUGGUUUAAGACUUUCGGGGAAUUAAGAGAUGACGAUGUGCAAUGGUCCAUUAACUCUCUUCGUUCAGGGAAAUACACCAUUCGAGGGGGCAAGUGGCCUCUUCUAGUGCUUUCGAAUCUCAGGGGAACACGUCCCUACAAUCCUGGCAGAGUUCUUAGGCAAUUCGAGAUCAAGCAGGAGACGCCUCAAAUCGAUUCUAUGGUCAGAUUCUUUACCAAAUAUGAUGAAAGCGAGCCCCUGAUCAGAGACUACAUAAUAAAUGGAUGGAGAAGAAGAAAGUGGAUGGAAGUCUCUUUUUUUAUAGGGUAUGAACCUGAAAUCAGUGACACUUACAAGGAGUGGUUAAAAAAGAGCCUCACCGGAGCAUUGAUUCCGGGGCCGAACGUGCCCACUCGGGUCGUGGAUGUAGAAUCCGAACAUCAGAUCUGACUCCACAGGCUUCAGGAUGAGUUUCAAAAAAGUGAAAUCUCGCACCGACAGAUACAUGUAGAAGAUUCUUUAACAAUACGUAUGUUAAGGGAAGAAUUGAAAAGAGCUAGGCAAGAGGCUGAUGAUGCUAGGCAGUGUUUAAUCGAUUUGGAUGAUAGCAUGGCCUCUCAACUCGAUAGUAUAGGAAAAAUGACUUAUGAUAGCAAGGCAUAGUUAUGUGGGAUUCAUCUGAUCAUCAAUAGGUAUCAAAUAGCACAGGAGGUGAACAAAGUAAAGAAGGCAAAGGCAGACGAAGGAUCCUCCGGUAGCUAGUUUUUCUAUUUCCCCUGCGCGGGAAGUUAUUUUCUUUCAUAUUAUUUCCCUUUUUACCUAAAAAUUGU